AUGUUCCCGCAGCGACAGAUCAUGCGCUCCGCGCCGCGCUUCCUGCGCUCCCCCGCCGUCCAGCGCCGCUUUAUGAGCUCGCCCGCCCCCAAGGCCGGCGAGAACGCCUUCGUCAAGGAGCGCGAGGCCGUCAAGGAGCACGCCGCCGGCACCACUGAACUCUGGAAGAAGAUCUCCAUCUACGCCUGCAUCCCUGGGCUCGCCCUCGCCGGUGCCAACGCCUACUGGCUGUGGACGGAGCACUGGGAGCACUGGUCUCACAUGCCCCCCCUGGAGGAGCGCACCGAGUACCCCUACCAGAACAUCCGGACCAAGAACUUCCCCUGGGGAGACGGCGACAAGACCCUCUUCUGGAACGACUCAGUCAACUACCACAACAAGGACAAGACCACCUAA